AUGGGUUUUGCUAAUUUGUGCUUCAGUAGGUCAGCAUCAAGGCUAGCUUCUUCAGUGUGUGGUGGUCGAGUCAGGUCUAUCUCCACCGUUGUCAACCGUCCGUCUCUUGUUCACAACCCAUCUCCCCUAAGUCCCUUUGUCUCUCGUGGAUUCCUGUACUCGACGGCUGCUGUUGAUGAUGACUGGGUCAGUUCGGAGAAAGCGGUUCUCCGGGUGAUUGACGCUGAGUAUAAAGGUCCUUUCGACGUCGUUGAUGAUGAUGUGUUCACCAGAUUUGUUAAGGCUCUCUGGAGGAAUCGCUCUGUAGGCAUGAGGAAUCCUCCUGCAAGUUUCCCUUUCAAAGUUGAAGAUAAUCCUGGAGACAGGACUGUUACAUUGACUAGAGAGCACAAUGGGGAGCAUAUUGAAGUUGUAGUAAGCAUGCUUUUUGAUAAUGGAUCAAAUGACGAUGCUCAUAGUGAAGAAUCAAGUGAUGAUCAUGAUGAUGAUGCUCCGAGUAAUGAAUCAAGCAAUGAUGAUGAUGAUGAUUGUUCUUGUAACACUGUUAUUCCUUUCGUUGUGACUGUUACCAAGAAGAGUGGACGUAGCCUAGAGUUACGCGGCAGGGCUACGGAGUCUUCAUAUGAGAUUAUCAUUGAUGCUAUACAUGUGAACCUACCAGGGGAAGAUCCAGAGGUGAUCCAGGACAUGGAUGAUUUAGUACUAAUGGAUCACGAGGGCUUGAAGAGAAAGGCAUUCAACAAGUAUCUCGAGAUCAGAGGAUUGAAUUCUUCCACAUUCGAUAUUAUUAAGAGUUACAUGUUGAAUAAAUUGAAGCUAGAGUACUGGUUGUGGUUAGAUCAUGUUAAGGAGUUUUUGGAAGAAUAG